CCCUAGUCGGGCAUAGGCACCUGCGCCUACCCAGGCCAUGGACGAAUCCUAUGAAGUCCACGACCUCCUGGGCUCGGCCCUGCUUGGGUCCUGCCAGCCUGAGACUCUAGAGGACGAUGGCAGCACUGAUGUGGUCCCUGCUUUCGAUCCUGAGCCAGUCAUCGCCCACUGCUUCAAGCAGUUCAAGCAGGACUUCCAACUGCCGAAGAGCCGCCGGCGGGUCAUCAUUGUGCCUGCCCAGCAAGGACAGGUGCCUGUGAAUCCCACAUCCCAGCCCCUGCUAUCCCCACCACCUGUCCCCAGCCUCAGAGGCCUGGAUGCUGAAGGACAGAGUGGGAACAUCCCCAGGCCACUGGAGGACAGGGUGGCCUGGCUUCACCAGAGGACAAGGCUGCGGAAGGAGCUGGACGCCAUGGGUGAUGUGACACAAUGGCUGAAGAGCAAACCCAGCCUCUCGCUCUUGGAAACCAAGGUCUUGCGCAUGCUCCACGAGAAGCGCAAGGCCCAAGUCAUGGGCCAGAUGACUGCCACCACAGCCACCAAGAAAAAAGCUCCCCAGCGAGUGGUGCCCCAGCUGCGGCUGCCCAAGCCCCUGGCCCUGUCGGCCCUGUACACCUACCUGCGUCGCCGCAAGAUCCAGGUUCUGGAGCUGUUUUCCAAGGACCAAGUCAUGCAGCAGAAAGUCUCCCGGGAGGAGUUCCUCUCUGCAUUGCGGAAGGUCGGGGUCCCCCUGAAGCAUCAGGAGAUAGAGGACGUGGUGAUCUACCUGAGCUCCCUUGGGAAGCAGCACAACAUCACCAUGAAGACCCUGGCCAGCACCUACAAGCAGUGGUUUCUGGCCCAACAGAGGAGCACACUGUCCACUGUGUACAAGGGUUACAUCCCAGCCCAGAGCUCGACAUCCCCACAGCCUUGCAAGAAGGACCUGCUCACAGUGCCUGAGGUCCCUAUACCCUCGGAGGCACGACCCCUGACACUGGAAGAGAUGGAGGAUGUGGGCAAGCACUACCGCGAGCGCAGGCGGCAGCUCAAGCUCCCCAUUCCCUCCAUCCAGUACACGGAGAGUUGCCGCUUGGUGAGCAGCGGGGACCAGCGCGUGGACCAUCACUGCCUGCCAUCCACGGUGGCUGGUGAGCACCAAGAGCUGCUGGACACAGUGCGCAGGGAUGACUUCCUGCUCUACUUGCGCUGUAGGAGGCAGUGCAUGGCCUCAGGGGUGCCAGUGACAGAGGACGUCCUCAGCCGGGCGCUGCUGUACCCUGGGGACAGGAUCAUCCUGCAAGACACCCAAGUGCUCCCCAUCCGGCAGCCCGGCGGCUUCUACUGUGAUUUGAAGGCCCUGCCAACACACACGAUGCAAGGCCCGAGGCUGGGGCCACAGAAGAGUGACAAGCUGAGUGUCCCCAUGCCACUGCCCACCCACCAGCAUCUCUUCUGCUCUGGCUGGGAUGCUGGCCAUGAUGACCUGUGUCAGCUUGCUGCUCUCACUGGUCACCUUGGAUGGUGGCCCCAGAGCCUCCCACUGUGGCGGCACGUCUUGCUCACCUCAGCAACACACAGCUGCCUUGCUGAACCUAGUCCAGGCCCACAGUCACAGCUCUGGGUGUUUGUGGGAACAGUCCUUCUGGCCCUGCCACCCUGUGCUGGCCAACUCACCUUCCUCAAAGUGGGGAGUGCUACUAGGCCUGUCCCAGAGGCACAGAGGGACUAGAUGGGGCCGUGCCACAUAGACAGGUGUUAGGUGAAUAGAUGGGUUUCUUUGCUCCUCAGGCCUCAGCAAUACCUCAGAGAAAUGGCAUCAGUGGAUGCCUGUCACAGAAGAGCCUUGUAGGACAAGGGACAAGUCAGCAAGAGGACCAGGCAGAGUUAGAAACUAAGAGGGAGGAGCUGGUGUUGCCCCAGUACUCAGCAGGCUGAGGCAAGAGGAUCGCCAUGAGUUGAAGGCCA